AUGCCAUCUAUCAAACCCUCGGUAACCAUCCACACAUUACACAAUGUUUCGGUCUUGAAAAAAAACAGAACGGGCGACGCUAUUGCGCUUCAUAUCGAACGCGCGGAAUGUGACCUGCGGGGCUAUAUUGAAGCAAAUAUACGACCAUCUACCGAGCACUGCCUAGCUAUGGCAUCUGCUCUGGUCGAAGGCGUCCAGUAUCUUCACUCCUGCAAGGUUUUUUUUUUUNNUCUCUCUACCCGAAAUACCCUCGUCUUUGACAAAAUGAACCUUAAACUUUGCGAUUUUGCGAGUGCUGCACUUGAAGGCGUAUAUCCAAAAUUUGGGCAACAUACGUACGAAGUGCGUUAUUGGCCGGCUUUGCCCCAGGACGAUAUUGAGCAACUAAGUAUGUACCAAAAAGAAUUGUUUGCUUUAGGUUCGGCGAUAUAUGGAAUUACCGAAUGGGAAAAACCGUACGCCAAGGUCGACGACAAUGAUAUCGAUAAAGUUCUUCAUGGUGGGCAGAGGCCCACGAUUUCGGACUGGAAUUGUGCACGGGAUAUUAUUAUGCGUUGCUGGGAUUUUGGGUAUACUUCAGUAGGUAUUGUCGCAGAAGAUCUGGCUUCGCUUCUCAAAAGAUUCAAGGACUACAUAAUAUUCAGGUUUAAGCAUGAAUGA